GGCGUCUCCAAGCCCUUCGCCUCAUCUCACCGCUUGUACUCUGCCCCUUCGAGGGCGUGGCACAUCAUGCCUGUCGCAAGGCCAUCGCAGAGCGCAGAGACAGCGCGUGCUGCCGCGCUCCAGGCGGAAUUCAACGAAAAGAAGUGGGUAUGGGUCCCAGACGACAAGGACGGCUAUCUCGCCGGCUGGGUCAUCAAGGAGGAAGGUGAGGUUGGCGAGGUCGCUAUUGCUUCUGGAGGAGAGAUCCGCAGGCUGCCGUUGUAUGCACUGUCCAAGAUGAAUCCGCCCAAGUUCGACCGUGUCGAUGACAUCGCGGACUUGACGUUCCUGAACGAAGCUAGUGUAGUACACAAUCUACGGUUAAGAUAUGGCUCUGGAGCGAUCUACACAUAUUCAGGCCUAUUCUUGGUGGCCAUCAAUCCAUAUCAGAAUCUACCCCUGUAUUCAGAUGCCAUCGUCCAUCAAUAUCGCAGCAAACGUCGCGAUGAGAAUCCACCGCACAUAUUUGCCAUUGCAGAGCGCGCAUGGAUUAACAUGGGCGAGGAACGUGAGAACCAGAGCAUCCUGAUCACAGGUGAAUCUGGGGCAGGAAAAACGGAGAGCACGAAGAAGGUCAUCCAAUAUCUCGCGGCGAUCGCCACCGAUGCGCACCCGCCACAGGCGAACCACUCACAGUCUCCGACUAUCCCAUCGUCGUCGUCUUUUAGCAAUGUCAUGCCUUCGACGGGUCUUCCGAGCAGAGCGGCAUUCAAGCGCGCACGGGGUUUGUCCACUAACUCGACAGGUUCUGGCUUCACUGCGAGGGAUCGGUUGGGCCUACUUGAGCGCCAGAUUCUGCAAGCCAAUCCGAUUCUUGAGGCGUUUGGAAACGCUCAGACACAACGGAACAACAAUUCGAGUCGAUUCGGAAAGUUCAUACGCAUCAGCUUCUCGCCGGAUGGAAGUAUUGCUGGCGCAAACAUCGACUGGUAUUUGCUCGAGAAGAGCCGUGUCGUAGUCAGGAAUGAAGCAGAACGCAGUUUCCACGUCUUCUACCAGUUGCUCGAGGGGGGCGGAAGCUUGAAAGAUGUUCUGUUGCUGGAUGGCGGAGUAGAGGAUUAUGAGUACCUGAACAAGAGUCGACGUGAAGUCGAUGGGAUUGACGAUCUCGAGGAGUGGAACUUGUUAAAGAACGCGUUGGACGUUGUAGGCUUCACUUCCGCUGAGCAAUUCGACCUCUUUCGCAUAGUCGCAGCCGUCCUACACAUCGGCAACAUCACUAUCACCUCUACUAGAUCCGAUGAUGCAGUGAUGCCUGAUCCAUCGCAGGCUGAGCGUGUUUGUCAUCUUCUUGGCAUACCUUUGACCGAGUUCACAAGGGCUGUCCUGCGUCCCCGCGUGCUCGCCGGUCGAGAGUGGGUGACGCAGGCACGGACACAACAGCAGGCACUGGAAGAGCUCGCAGCGCUCUGCAAGACGCUUUACGAGAAGUCGUUUGGGAUGCUCGUUGAUCGAAUUAACCGAGCCCUGGACCGCCCCUCGUCGAAGUCGACGUUUAUCGGCGUUCUCGAUAUCGCUGGCUUCGAGAUCUUCGACGUCAAUGGCUACGAACAGCUGCUCAUCAACUACACAAACGAGAAGCUCCAGCAAUUCUUCAACCACCAUAUGUUUGUGCUCGAGCAGGAGGAAUAUGCGCGCGAGGGCAUCGAAUGGGACUACGUCAACUUUGGCCUUGACCUACAGCCGACCAUCGACCUCAUUGAGACUAGCGGUAGUGCCAUCGGUGUUCUCAGUCUGCUUGAUGAGGAGUGUAUCAUGCCGAAGGCGACAGACCUUACGUUCACCAACAAGCUCCAUGCGCUGUGGGCAAGUGAACCUGCGCCAGGUGAGGAGCCGCAUCCUGGUACCACGAAGUACGAGCCGGCGCGCUUCGAGCAGGGCUUCAUCGUACAUCACUACGCAGGUCGGGUCGAGUACAGGACAGAUGGGUGGCUGGAAAAGAACAAGGACCCGUUGAACGAUAACCUCACUCGCGUUCUCGCAUCUUCUUCUGAGCGAUACGUCGCGUCAUUGUUCUCAGAGUACGGUGACGGCCCGUCGGCCGUGGCUGGUCAAGUCAAUGCAAUGUCGGUAGGCAAGAAGCGGAUGAUCAAGAAGGGCGCAUUCAGGACGGUGGGACAGCGCCACAAGGAGCAACUCGCGGGCCUGAUGACACAGCUCCACGCUACGCAGCCUCACUUCGUUCGUUGUAUCGUCCCGAAUACGCUCAAGAAACCCGGACGCAUCGACGUGCCGCUCGUGCUGGACCAGCUGCGGUGCAACGGUGUGCUGGAAGGCAUCCGCAUCGCGCGCCUCGGGUACCCCAAUCGCCUCCCGUUUGUCGAGUUCCGCCAGCGCUAUGAGGUGCUUACGCCUGGCGUAAUCCCGCGCGGGUAUAUGGACGGGCGUAAGGCCUGUCUGCGCAUGGUCGAUGCACUGGAGCUGGACAAGGCGAACUUCAAGAUCGGCACGUCCAAGAUCUUUUUCAAGGCGGGCGUCCUUGCGGAGCUCGAGGAACGAAGAGACGCACUCCUCUUUGACAUCUUCUCCAGAUUGCAAGCCGUGGCAAGGAAGUGGACUGCAAGGAGGCAGAUGAAGAAGAUCCUCAAUCGUGCUGUUGCCAUUCGUACGAUACAGAGAAAUGCUCGUGUUUAUGGCGAGCUCCGAGAUUGGCCGUGGUGGCAGUUGUACACAAGGGUCCGCCCAUUGCUUGUCGCAACUCGGAAUGACGAAGAGCUCCGCAAGAAAGAGGCUGAACUGGUACUUAUCAAGGAGCGCGCCGAGCGGGAGCAGAAGGAAAAGGAGGCUCUUGAAGGUCUAAGAAUGCGCCUCGAAGCUGAGAAGAGUAAGGUGGAGACAGAACUGGAAGCGGAAAGAGCUCUCGCCCUGGACAAGGAUGCUCUGCUUGAACGUAGCAAGAAACGCGAGGCAGAGCUGGAGGAUGAGGUUGCAGCUUUGCAGGCGGAUCUGGACAUACUCGAUUCUCAGCUUGAUCGUGCCCUCAAGAUGCAGAAGGAGAGCGAGGAGAAGCAUGAGACUCUCAGGCAGGCAUUCGAUCAAGCUGCGGAGCAUCUCGUGCGCCUCGAGGCUGAGCAGCAAGAGUGGGAAGGGAGAGAAGCUGACCUGAAUCAGCAGCUGGAUAUCGCUCAAGAGGAGACUGAUGUCUUGAAGGCAGAACGCGAGGAGUUGCAGAAGAUUGCUGAGGAGCUCAAGGAUCUUGCCGCACAACGCGAGCAGGACUUAGCUCGUGCUAAGGAGCGGAUGGAUUCUUUGGCCUCUGACCUCAAUAAUAAACUCAGUGCUGAGUCCCGAAACAGGGACGUUUUCCGUGAUAAAGCGGAUACACUUGAGCAAGAGGCUCGACAAGCCAAGGAGCAACUUGCUGAGAUGGCGCGGACUGCCACUGACUACUCGAACAUGAUCAAGCAGAAAGAGCAGGUUAUCGAUCGCCUCACAGCUGAGCUGGAGAAGUCGAAGGGAGAGCGCGGACAGUUGCUAAAGCAAAUCACCGAGCUUCAAGCUAGAGUUGAUACUCUGAGUGUGGAGCUCGAUGCUCAGCACAGUGAUCGGGAACGCGAUUCGGCUCUGCAGUCGAAACUCCAAGAGGAGCUGGACGAGCUCCGUGCGCUGCUUGCAAGGAAGUCUACAGAGGAGACUCGGCGUUCUGAAGUCGAGAAGAUGAUGAUGCUCGUAGGGUUGCAGUGGAGGGCAACAAUAACCUGAAGGCUGAGCUGGAUACCCUGGAUCGAGAGUAUCGCUCGCUGCAGCAAAGCUACAACUCACUCCUCGAACGUGAACGAUCAGCACAAGCUCAGUUGACGCAGAC